AAUAGGGUAAACUUGCCCCCUCAUACAAAAACGCAUACAUUUCCUGCUCUCAUUUGGUGGCGCAAGAAGAUCAAAGGGAAGUCAAGAAGAUUCUAUUGACAUUACUCUUGCAUCCAUAACAUCAUAUCACCUCUCACAAGAAGGAAUGCCGUCUGAAUAAAAAAUCGUCAUUAAAAAUCUUACACAAAGUUGAAUUGGGGAUAGAAUAUCAAUCCCAUUUCUAUCACCAAUCAACUUUAUAUACAUAUAAAAGAGAAUGACAUCUUUACCAUCCAACGAUGGAUCUUCUCGAUCGCAACGGUUUGCAUUUGUUACUUUGGUCACAACAGAUCAUUAUCUGCCCGGUGCUUUGGUCUUAGCACAUUCUCUUCGACAAGCCCAUACAACAACUUCAAAGCCAGCAGGUGCCCUAACUCCUGCCGAUUUGGCAAAUUUAGGAGCUGCCGGUUUAUCAAAUCGAACGUCAAUCGAUAAAAAGGUGGAUUUGGUUUGUUUGGUAACACCUGCAACAGUUAGCGUUCGAACUGUGAAAACGUUGGUUCGAUAUUUUGACAAAGUCGUUGGUGUUGAACCAUUAAGCUUUUCAAGUUUAGCAGCCGCAAAAGCAAACGAAAGAGGAAAUCCAAAAGAUCGUCAUUCAGUAGAAGCAAAAGCUGCACGUAAAGUACGUAAUGAAACACGUCAAAAGUUGGCCCUUUUGGGAAGACCUGAUCUUGGAGAAACUUCAGGGGCUGCUCUUACAAAAUUACAUGCUUGGCGUUUGACCGGAUACGAUAAAAUCGUCUUUCUUGAUGCCGACAUUCUCGUCCUUCGUCCAAUCACUCAUCUUUUCAGCAUCACAUCAUCUUUGGCUGCUUCGCCUGAUAUAGGAUGGCCAGACGCUUUCAAUUCAGGCUUGAUGGUAUUGACCCCAAGUUUGACAACAUUUUCUGCUAUGCGAGAGUUUGCGAUCCAAAGUGGCAGUUGGGAUGGAGCUGAUCAAGGAUUUUUGAAUGACUUUUUUGGUGGUGAACAUGGUAGCAUUGAUGCCGGACCUGGAGGAGGCUGGCAACGAUUGCCUUUCCGAUACAAUGUCACGCCAAAUGCUGGAUAUACAUUUGCUCCGGCAUAUGAGAGAUACGGCUCUGGAAUCAUGACUGCGCAUUUCAUUGGCCAACAUAAACCAUGGAAUCGCCCUAAGCCCAGCGCACCUUCUUCUCGAUCAUCCAGCAGCCAAUCUCCUGCUAACUACGAUUCUUUGCUGUACAGAUGGCACGUAGCAUUUGAAGAAUGUUAUCCGCAAGUUGUGCAAAUGAAGAAUGGUUCGGCUGAUGUCAUUCAUACUGAACGCGGAGUUGAGGUUGUGGAAAAACCUUUUACUGUACCUUCCUACAAGGCAGUUUGGGAUUUGGAAGGAAGAGGAGAUACUUCCUCUCAUUCUUCAGGCACAGAAUCUUCUUCAAAGAGAUCCUCCAUUCAACGUAUUAGAGGAAUUCGUACUCCAUCAACACACAAUCUCUUUCGUGGAGCAGGUCAAGCAGAAGAUUUGAAAGAGAUGUUCAGUCCAGCAGUCAUUGCUGCCAGUGCAGCGGCUGAGCUGGAAAGUUUAGCAUCCAAUCCAAACGUUGUUCCCAAUGAAGGUGUCUAUAUAAGCUUGCCUCUUGAUAACCGAACAAGUCUUAUGGCAGCCGAGUUGGACAGUGGAGAUGAUGAUGAUCGUUUUUCUGAUAGCGAUCAAACUCUCCAUCAAUCUCCCCCAGUCGACAAUGCUCAAAUUCGACCUAUCUCUAUUCCUAAGGAUGAUGCAGGAGCGAUUGAGCCCGACAGUGGUGAAUGGUCUCCGCCAAAGGUUUCAUGGGACCCAGCCCGUGAACCACCGCCAUCAGGAGGUGGAUCGUCGGAAUAUCAAAUGCGCGUACCGGUUGAUGCAUUUUACGUGAAUGCAUGGGAUCAACCUUUGGCCGAACAAAGACGUAAUGCGAAUGCUCACAGUUCCGAAGGCAGAAGUGAAUCACAAAAGCGAACAUUAGACAAAUUGCAAAGAGAGCAUUUCUUUGAUAAUCUGGGAAGCGUUCAACCGGAUAUUCGUAAAGUGAAGCCUGUGUUCCCGUGGGAGGCAAGUUCAGCAAAGCCUACGUCCUCUCGCACUUUUCCGGAUGAGCCGGCAAGCGUUGUGCCUGGUAGUAGCGAUAUGCAAGCAAGUCAUGAAGCUGGAAGUAGCAACUCCCCAGAAGGUGGCUCUAAUACUGAAGAUGCUAAUUCCGAGCAAACACGCAAAGGAGGUUUUCCUGCCAUAAUCACCUACACUAAUGCAUGGGAUCACAUUGACCUUAGAGGAAAAGGAUCACGCAGACCGAAUAAUGGAAGCAACACGCAUAACUCUCGUGCCACUCAAGCUCAAGUGGAUCAAAGUCAUCGUGGUACACAAACAAAGCGAGAAGGACGAAGUAGGACAUCUAGUUAUGCACCACAAAACAACAAUGGCGGCGGUCACCAAGACGGACAUGACACUGUUUCUGCUGAUCAAAGUGGCGAUGGAGAUAAUGAGAGUAGUUCUUCCUCGGAUGAAGAGGUGGAAAGAGGUGGAGCUUCAUGGCGCAGGGAAGGACCCGGACCUGGCUAUCAACGUAGAGUGGAAUCACACCAGAUCCUCUCUCGCAGUCCAAGGCACACUCAACAACAAUUAGCUACAAGUCCUUCUCUUUCUCACUAUCAACAUGCAGGCAAUCAUCAUGAUCAGCAUCACUCACUCCAUGGAAGUGGCUCAAAUGUUGGAUUUAGUGGCAGUAAUGACUUGCUUGGCAGUGAUAUAUCACGCACACGAUCGCGUUCUUCUUCGAAUGCGAGCAAUGGCGGCCAACACGCAUCAAUACCACAUUAUGGAAAUGUUCCUCCGUCUUUACGAUCAUUCUAUCCGCGUGAUGGCAGAAGCAGCCCUCUUGUCGAAGAAGGAUUUUCUUCUUUGUCCAUGCCUUAUGAGCAAUUGCUAGCAUCACAUGACCGUAAUGGAAGAAGAAGGAUGGGAAUCCGAACGCCGACUGCAUCUCAACCUGGAUCGGCAAACAAUAGUGGAAGUUCAAGUCCAAUCUUUCCAAUUUCAACACCUCCAAACAUGAGCCCGAAUCAUUCACGUCAUGAUCUUUCACAAUUGAGCCGUCAUUCGAACACACAAUUCGGAUCUCGUUAUGUUCGUCGAGGCAAUCAAUCAUCAAAUCGACCAUACAUGUGAUUUAGCUAUACAUAUAUAUGUACAAUCUUUCUUCUUCUUCUUCUUCUUCUUCUUCUUCUUCUUUCAUAUCGUCAUGGUCUUACCUCAUGUAGUAGAAGUAGCAAACAUUGUACAAUGAUACCUUGUUCCAUAUCCG